AUGCCAGGUAAGCAGCCAUCAAAAUGUUUAGAGAGGUAUCUACAGGAUAAGGAUGAUAUUGCUUUUGAAUAUGAAUUACAGAAGGAUGAUACGAACCUUGUGACCUGGCAAAGGUACCUGGACCAUUGGAAGGCCCAAUAUAUAGAAGAUAAGGAUAAAAGGCCUUUACAACAUAUAAUUUGGCUAUAUGAGAGGCUUGUUGCAGUUUUAUACGAAGAUAUAGAUGUUUGGUAUGACUAUAUCUGCUGGAUAUUUGAGCACAGGGAUAGCAUCUCGAUAAAAUUUAUCAGUGGAUUGUACAAGCGAUGUUUGGAGCAAGUCAAGGCCCCAUCAAAGACCAAACGUCUUACUUUGGAUACACUUUGCGUCAAUUACAUGAAAUUUGCAGUAGACUCCCUCGAUUUGACAGUGAUAAGAAGCGCGUUAGAUCAAUCCUUAGGUAAAAUAACAAAAAAGCAGAGCCGUCUUAAAAUAUGGGAAAUACUAAUAUCUUUCUUGCAAAAUAAACUGAUACCACUAACAGAAACGGCUUUUGAAGGUAGUGAUUUUGAAACUCAGUACGAAAAAUUGCAGUUUCAAUUGUAUACUACUCUAUUUGGAGAUAAAUUGCAGAAGGUGGAUCAAGACGGCGAUAUUUGGUCGGCUCAAAUGCUCAAAAGGUAUUUAAUAAUAUGUCCACGAGACAGAAUAUUUGACACUUUAGCUUUAUUAGCAAGGACAUUUGAUUAUCACACGAUUAAAGAGUGCUUCGAUAAGUAUCUCUUCAAGAACAACAACGAUCGUACGUCUCUUUCAAUGCAAAUGAUAUAUCUGCGAGCUCUGGAACGGUUGAAUUUGGAAACUGCAUAUCAAAAUCUUCUAAGAGCCCUGAAACAAAACUACCCUGAGGAGAACAUCAAGUUGCUCACUGAGGAAACGAGUCAUUAUAUCAAGCUUUCGAAAUUAGACGAACUCUGUAUGCUGCUCACUGAUGAACUAUCAAACACACUCAAAUUCAAGGACUUUUUCUAUAUAUACAACUACCAAAUUGACUUCGAACAAGCCUACAACAGUGUGGUAAUACAAGAGUUAGAAAGCGGACAAAUCCAAAACAAGACCAAAUGGGAAACUAUUUUAGGGGAGCAUAUGACUCUGCUAGAAAGUCAUAUAGAAUCAUAUGACAUGAAACUAAGCGAUUUAAAAUUAAGGCAAAACCCCCAUAAUAUAGACGCCUGGAAAGAUCGUGUAAACCUCUUUGCAACCAUAAAAGAAAAAUGUGAAGUAUAUUCACAAGCACUUGUCACCAUCGAUCCUUUGAACGUUUACACACCUCGAGCAUUCGGAUCUUUAUGGUGCGAUUACGCCACCGUAUAUUGGACAGCAGAAGACUAUGAUUCUGCAAGGGAAAUAUUUGACACCGCAAUUAAGGUCCCGUUCCCAUACUUACAAGAUCUAGAGCUGAUAUAUGCAAACUGGAUUGAAAAGGAAGUAAAACUUCUUGGUGUAGAGAGAGGUUGUAACAUGCUCAGUUCGAUUUUAAAGAUCCCCGACCAACACGAAGUGCUCAUUGAGAAAUUCUAUAGUCAUAGUAAAACUGUUCCUGCACAAACUGUUUUAUUCAAUUCUCUAAAACUUUGGACAAUGUAUCUAGAUUUUUUGGAGGCGAGCAGCAAUGUGAACGGUUUGAUCUUGGCUUACGAGCAGAUAAUAUCACUAAAACUGGUAACACCUCUUCUAAUAACAAGUUACGCUCAGUUUUUGCAAACCAUUGGCCAAAAAGAGGAGACCUACAAAGUUCUUCAGAGAGGUAUUGACCUUUUUCACGCUAAUCCGACCAUUUUGUUCCAGUUAUGGGUUGUUCUUUUACACCAAAUAGUCGAUGAUGAAGAUAUACAAACCAAGAGGGAGGAGUAUCGUGACUCUUUCGAACAGGCGUUAUCUGGCCUGAAUGAUAAAGUUAGUUGCGAGGAUAUAUACUUGCUUUAUCAUACGUUUGAAGAGAAAUUGGAACAAAGGUCCACGAUGAGAGCAAUUGAUAUAUUAAGAAGAGGGGCGAAUUCAAUUCCUCAAAAAUUCACCAAUAGUAAGCUCAAAUUGUGGGAUAUGGCUCUGAGUGAGAUGCACGAUAAUUUUGGAGCUGUUGCUUGCAGACCCAUAUAUGAAGAGUGCAUUCCUCAAAUUCCUAUACCGCGAAAUAUCAAGCACAUCCUCCAAUUUGUCCAAUUGGAAACAGAACAGAAAGAGUACAAACGUGUUAGAGAGCUAUUUUCAUACGGUGCUCAGCUUGUGCCCCCUUCUAAAAACGAAGAUUUAUGGAAAGUAUGGGAUCAGUUCGAAAUUGAGCACGGUGACAGGGAAUCGUACAGAGAUAUGCUGAAACUUAAGAAGAAACUGGAGAGUGAAUUGAAGGUCGACACCGAAACGGUCAGCCAGGCUGAAGGAGGUGUGAGAUUUGUCACAUCCACAGUACCACAAAAUCGUACACCUCUUCCAACAGAUAAGUCCAGUGCGGUAAGCAAUCCCGAGGAGAUAGAUAUAGAUAUUUAG